CCCCUGGACCCGCCCCCGAGAGGAGGGCCGGAUCGCGAUAAAAGGGCGCCGCGCCGCGCCGCCGAGGUCACAGGCUUGAGUGGAAAGACAUAGAGCAUAUCAUGUUGAAGAUGAGCGGGUGGCAGCGACAGAGCCAAAACCAGAGCCGGAACCUGAGGAGAGAGUGUUCCCGAAGGAAGUCUAUCUUCAUACAUCAUCACACCUGAAAGCAGGAAAUACAUACUGAAGUAUUUAAGAGUAUGGAAGACGAGCUGGAGAUGUGUUUCAGGGAGUAUGACUAAGCUUUAACCCUGGGUUCAGUCCCCAGAAAUAAAAAAAAAUAAUA